AAACGCGGUCGAGAGAACACGAUAUUACGGGAGUACGUGCUGCCUGAUUUUGUGACGCAUCAGAGGGGAUUUUUGAGUGAGAAGGUUGUGGAGAGGGAUAAUGCUGAGGCGACUUCGGAUGAUACACAAAAAUUGAUAUUGAAUAUCGAGCGAUUUGCGGUGCCCGAGGUGUUAUUCAAUCCAUCGGAUAUUGGAGUGCAGCAGAUGGGCGUGGCUGAGGCGAUAGCUGCAUCGAUCAAUAAAUGCCCGAAAGCGAUGCAUGGACGAUUAUAUAAUAAUAUUAUAUUGGUUGGAGGGAAUUCGUUAUUCGAAGGAUACAGAAAACGAGUGUGG